GUGUGCAUCAAGCAUUGUGCGCAUUCACACUAAAAGUUAGCUCUUGCGUUUGGUUUUUCUUUAGCUCUGGGGCGAAGAAACCCGAGCUGUGUUCUUCUUUUUUGAUUUUACUAUUACUGUUACCCAUUCUCAUAUCAAUGCCUGCCAAGCGUCCGCAAGCUCUGGAGCAACUUCAUGUCUCGGUAACGCCUCAAGAAAAGGCGGUGUCAAUUACCGAUACAAUGACCUUAGUUGUGAAAGGCGAAGGCGGGGUGGAGAUGCGUGUCAAGCAAACAGGCAUUGCCCAAGGUCCCGGUGCGUCGCAAAGCGCAGGACAGCCGAAGUCCGACGCUGUCAUGAACAAAAUAAAAUUCGAAGAUCUACGUAUUGGUGCUGAAUUAGGCAAAGGUUCGCAAGGAAAAGUCCGCGUAGCCCAACACAAAAUCACCGGAGAAAAGUAUGCAAUGAAGUACAUCACAUUUGAUGGCGAUUCGGACGAUUUGCGCUCAGGCUUAGAGGCUGAGCUCCGCCAAGUUGCGGCAGUGAAGCACCAGAACAUUGUGUCUUCUUACGAAGCCUUUUUCCGCGACGGCAGACUGUACAUUGUUCUUGAGUACAUGGAUUGUGGUACCAUGCACAACCUUAUCGAGCGACACCCCGAGGGAUUUAGUGAAGAUAUGUUGGCGUAUAUAGCACGGGAACUCUUCAAAGGGUUGGAAUUUCUUCAUGAACUUAAAAUGAUUCAUCGAGACAUCAAGCCAGCCAACGUGCUGGCAAACACGCGGGGCGAAAUCAAAAUUUCCGACUUUGGUGUCGCAAAAACGUUUUCCGGCGGUGAUCUCCAAACCCUUUCCGCCCAAGGCUCAGUGCCGUACAUGAGUCCCGAACGUAUUCAGUCGAAGCCUUACUCGUUUAAUAGUGAUAUCUGGAGCGCUGGCUUGACAAUCGCGGAAUGCGCAUUUCGCGGAUAUCCUUUUGCGUCACUGAAGCCGAAAAUGUUCGAGCUGUGUCAAGCAAUAGCCUCCAACACCGCGAGGAUUAAGUGGGACGAGCGUGAGAGGAAAUUUAGCGAUGCAUUCAAAGAUUUUAUUGAGCUCUGUCUGCUGCCGGCUGAAGCACGGCCAAACGCUAAAGAUAUGCUGCAACACCCCUUUAUUGCUUUAGCGGCAAAUAUAAACCCUGCAGAAGCUGGCAAAUGGAUGUCUCCCAAGAAACGAGAUACGGUAUCGUAA